GCGAUUGCUGGUAAUACAAAGAAGUUUUAAAAAGGAAUGAGAGGGGAGAAGUAUUGGAAAAGGAGUUUUUAAGGAUUGAUGGAAAUUAGAGUUUAGAGAUGAGAUAUGGGUGUUUGGAGGAGUUUUGAGGGUAUGGAAGUGGGUUUUGGACCUAGGGGUGUGUAUUUGGGGUUUAGGUGAAUGGAUAUGAGGGAGUUUUGGGAAAUUAUAUUGGCUUUUGGUUUGAUAUAGAUUUUGUAAUGUAUUUUAUCAUAAAAUUCUAGUAUUAUAAUUGGAUUUAGGUCUGAAGCGUCAAAUGUUUAAUCCUAAAAAGAAUGCAUUGAUUAUUCAAUGUGAUCCACAUUCAAUUCCUUCGAGAGAAGCUUCCACAGAUGAUAACAAAUCAUUUGGAGAUCCAAUUUCGCCUCGGAAAGCAGUUUAUUCAAAACUAAGACUUGGAAAAAAGGCAAAUCAUAAUGACCUUCUUCAAAGUAUUAAUGAAGAAAAAUAAACAGUUAGAAGCUGCUUUAGCCAAUAAAGAGAUAACUGCUAAUCUCAGUUUUAACAACGAUUUUAAUAGUUGAAAACAAUCAGUAAGUAUUUACAAAAAUGUUGAAUAAAUUUCUAUAGAUAUUCGAUUCACGAAUCUGUCUUGAUAAACUGAAAGGCAACCAACAACAGUUAAUAAAGCCAUUGAAGGCUUUUUCGACAGCGAGGAAAUAAGUUCUUUUAGAGGCACUUUGACUGACUCUAGCCUACAACAACCAAAUCAUCAAAUGAGCAAUGAUAUUAAGAGAAUUAGCAAAGAAAGGAAAACAGACAGAAAACAACAUCAAUAUAAUAAAUCACUCAAAUGUGUCGGAUACUCCAAAUUGAAGAGAACUAUAAUUCUCAGAAACCAGAGAGUGAGAGGAUCCCGUCAAAAAGCUCACUGACUCUAGACCUCCAAUCUCUAUCCCCCUCUAAAAACCUGUGAUUAAAAUUGAACAAAUUUGCCCAAAAAUCAAGAAGCACAAAAAGAAACCAACCCAAAACAAAUCUCACUAAACAAAUCCAACUACAAAAAAUAGCCCUAAAAUAACCCAAAACCACAUCAAAAACCCACCAAAAUCCUCUGCACAACCCUCCUCUUCAACGAGUACAUAAAAUCCCCAAAUCCCCAAAAUCCCUCAAAAUCAUCCCAAAAACACCUGUCCAACCCCUUAACCCUCUCCCAGCCCUCCUCAUCCCUCAUCCAAACCAGACCUUUCCACUCAACCCACCGUAAACCCUUCCUGCCUUCCCACUCUGACUUCUCCCAGCAGACUCCUAACAAAAGUUUGGUCCUUUCAGUACCAAUUUCUCUUACUGCGCAUCCUAAGAUUUCAGGGAGAAGAGGUAAGUGGGUGGAUGGAGAGAGGGGAGAGAAGAAGUGUACCCAGUGUAAGCGUGGAUCAAAACAAGAUCGGACGUUGGCAACCAGCCUGCAUGAUACAAGCCUGAAUAAGGACUUGUAUAAUUUUAUAUUUCCCUAA